GAGAGCUUACCAGUGGUCUUAAUAAGUUAUAAGUAGCAAACGGUUGGAGUCCCAUUUCCGGUUCUCAAAAUCAAAUAACACCAGACACAAACAAACACACACAACUGUUGCAAUUUUUGGAAAUCCGAUAUGGAUUUCAGUGAUGAUGAUCAGGAGGAAGAUUACUACAAUAAUGAUGAAGAUGAAGAUUAUUAUGAUGAUGAUAAUGAUGACGAUCAAAACCCUCUAACCACUACUAAUACUGAUACCAUUUCAUCUUGCAAGGUCAUCACAAAAGGGAGUCUAUUGGACGCACAGAGAGAAGAUCUACAGAAAGUGAUGGAGUUGCUAUCUCUUAAGGAACAUCAUGCACGUACCUUGCUUAUUCAUCAUGGAUGGGAGGUUGACAAAGUGUCUGAUGUCUUCUUGAACAAGGGAAAAGAAGCACUCUAUGCAGAAGCAUCUUUAACGGUAGGACACAAUGAUGAGAAUGUAUCUUCAUCACUUGAAUUUUCAGAACCAUUAUGUAAAGUCUGCAUGAAGGAAAUUUCUGCCCGUGAUAUGAUCACAAUGAAUUGCAACCAUUGUUUUUGCAAUACUUGUUGGACGGAUUAUUUUGUUGUGAAGAUUAAAGAAGGUCACAGCAACCGCAUCAAUUGUAUGGCUGAGAAUUGUUAUAAAGUUUGUGAUGAAGAAAAGAUUAGAAUUUUAGUUAAUAGGAAGGACCCUGAUUUAUCAGAAAUAUUUGAUCAAUUCCUGUUAAAAUCUUAUAUUGAGGGUAACAAAAGGGUGAAAUGGUGCCCUAGUGUUCCUCAAUGUGGAAACGCCAUUCGCAUUGAUGAUGGUGAUGAAUACCGUGAGGUUGAAUGUGCAUGUGGUUUCCAAUUCUGUUUUAGUUGCUCAGCAGAACCACAUUCUCCUUGUUCAUGUCGAAUGUGGGAGCUUUGGAAAGAAAAGUGCAAGGAGCCUUCCCAAACUAUUAGUUGGAUUAGGCGAUAUUACAAUCGUUUCGAAGCACAUAAAGACUCUUCUACCGCUACCAUCACGUUCAGGGAGCACCUGCAACGUAAAUAUUUGUAUGAUAUAGAUUCGACAUAUUUCAUUUGGGUAAUGAAUGCAGCUGACAUAUUUUUUAUGUCAAGAAGGAUUCUUUCUAAUUCAUAUCCAUUCUCAUACUACAUGUUUGGUGAUGAAUUAUUAAGUAAUGAACUGAAGAUUGAAGAUAAAGAAACCAAACAGAACGAAUUCAAGGACAAGCAAGAGCAACUUGAGUUGUAUGUUGAAAAACUCUCUUAUUUCUUGCAUCAAUUGUUUCAUGAUGAUACCGAGGAACAGGUUAAGGAAACUAAAAAUCAAAUCAUCAAUCUUUCUCCGUUUAUUGACCACCUAUGCAAGAAACUAGCAUAUUUCCUCUCAAGUAUCUUCCACGUGUUAGUUGUCAGAGUGGCGGUAGUUCUAGAUCUGUUGCGAAGGCCAUUAACAAGGACAAUGGCAAUAGGACUCUUUUUGACGUGGUCAGAAAAUGAAAGACAUAACGGCGGUCCUAUAAAAUCUAUCUGGUAGAAUGAACGUUGCAAGAGUUACGUGUAUAUGGAAUACACUUAAUGACCUUAACCUUGGCCCAGCCCCAACCACAACCUGAUCGAGUUUAUGUAAACCGAGGCUGACUUUCCAAGACGACGAGGUUACUAAAUUAUUAAAGUCAAUACCUAAUCGUAAGGAUUGACAACUCAACUGAAGACAAAAUUCGUUCCACGUUUCUACCUUUUUGUCCCACGAAAAAUGUAUGAGUUCAUUGACAACGAAUUACUGCUUCAACAUCAACAUAGUACACAUAUGCACAUUAUAGCUCCUUACAGGUCGAAUGGUCCAGAGAAGGCGGUAAAGUUUGCUAAUUGACCAUCAUCAUCAGUUAAGAAAGCUUCCCCAAACCUCGUGGUCAGCUAAAUGGAGCUCAUAUUGCACCCUUCUUAUAUAUAGUCUAAAGUUGGGAGUUUAUAAUAAAGCGUACUCAAUAGAGUUGUCUUUUAAGAAUUUUGAACCUUAUUUCUUUUUCUAAACUUUGUGGUCAAUACUUAGCACAUGAUGUUAUACACAUACGUGUGGUGUGUGCGGAUUUUAUAGCAAAGGCAACUUAGAAGGCCCGAAACUUAAAAUGUUGGUCUUACAAACAAAUCACAAAAUAAAGUUUGGCAAAUUGAUGUGCGGUGGACCAAUUAUUAUAUGAAAAUCGUUUUAUUUACUUGCUAA